CAUUCAUUUCCUUCUUUAAUUUGCCCACUUUACUGCUUAAUUUUUCUUUCAUUUUCCUAAUUAGGCCACCACAAUGGCUAUUCCAAAAGUUGUAGGAUUUGUUUUACUUUUGGGUAUAGCCAUUUUUUCAUCAAAAGUUGCAGAAUGUGCACCUUUUGGUUCACGUCGUGGCCUUUUGGAGACAGUUUUUGAUGUUACCAAGUUCGGAGCUAGACCAAAUACAGAGGCAGAUAGCGCUAGGGGAUUUAUGAUGGCAUGGAGAUCAGCUUGUCAAUCAUCAGGCCCAGCAAAACUUGUUAUUCCUCCAGGAACAUUCACUACAGGAGAAACUAUUUUUCAAGGACCAUGCAGUAGUCCUAGGCCUAUUACUAUUGAAAUUCAAGGGACUGUAUUGUCAGCUACAGACAUUAGUUUGUACACACGAGGCGCAUGGAUAUCUAUCGAACACGUAGAUGGUAUCGUGGUUACGGGUGGAGGGACUCUCAAUGGACAAGGAAACUCGAGUUGGCAAUACGCUGACAAAUCUGGAAGCACCCCUCCUCUCCCUAGUUCUCUUGUAUUCCAGACUGUGAAGAGCUCUUCCGUCAACAACAUUAAUUUUGUGGAUUCCAAAGGUGUCCACUUGAAAAUCACUGAUAGCAGUGACAUUACAGUUUCAAAAAUCAAAAUUACUGCACCAGGAACUAGCCCAAACACUGAUGGACUUCAUAUAAGUCAAACAAUAAAUAUCAAUGUCACUGAUAGUGACAUUGGGACAGGUGAUGACUGCAUUGGCAUUGGAGAUGGCACUUCCAAUGUUUAUAUCUCUAAUAUAAAUUGUGGUCCUGGACAUGGAAUAAGCAUCGGCAGCCUUGGAAAACGCUUGAAUGAGAAAGAUGUUAAAGGAAUUAUAAUAAGAAAUUGUACAUUCCACAGUACAUCAAAUGGGGCAAGAAUCAAGACUUAUAUGGGCUCACCUUCACUACAAGUUUCUGAUGUUGUUUAUGAAGAUUUAAUCCUGGAUAAUGUUAAAAAUCCAAUUGUUAUUGAUCAACACUAUCAUUCCAAGGACAGAAAUGAGCCAUCAAAAGUGAAACUAGUGGAUAUUCACUUCAAGAACAUAAGAGGCACAACAAAUUCAAAAGCUCCAGUGGCACUCAAUUGCAGUGAGGCACUUCCAUGUGAUGGAAUUGAAUUGGUUGACAUUGAUCUAGCUCCAAUUGGUAAUAUUGGACCUCUUUUGGCAGCAACAUGUCAAAAUGCCAAAACAAUAUUGGGUGGGAAAAAUAAUCCACCAGCAUGCUAAUUACAUUAUUAGUCAAAUUAUGUCUAUGAAAAAUUGUAUAUAAAUUCUAAUACAACCAUGUAAUUUGUUUAUAUUUUAUUACAAUAUAUUUCUCUUUUA